UUGAGAGAGAAUAACAUGAUCGCAGAUCUCUUAGCUAAAUUUGGUUUGAAAGAGAAAUUGAGCUUGACCACUUGGGAUUCCCCUCCACCUAAGGUUGCUCAAUUGAGGGAGUUAGAUUCAGCGAACGUUGCAGCUUCUCGGAGUUUUUCAACCAUGUAUAUUGAAAUAAUCAAUCCGGCGAGUGUCAAAAGGCAGUUGGCGAAGCUGUUUGAGGCUUCUCUGAAAGCAACUGUGCCUGAUGAGGCAGAUAUUGUGCCUUUGGUUGAUGCUUGCGUUGCGAAAUCUGGUGUGAAGAAAUUUGCUGAUUACCAAUGUAAUAAUGCAAUGGGUCUGUGGGCUAAGGUUAAAGGAAAGCAGACAGAAUUCAAGAAUCCCCAGUCAAUUGGACAGGCCCUCAUGAAGAAUCUCCCGCCAUCUGAAAUGGUGGAAUCGUGCUCUGUUGCUGGUCCUGGUUUUGUGAAUGUUGUCUUAUCAAAGAAGUGGAUAGGAGAGACCUUACAGAAGAUGCUUACUGAUGGUAUUGAUUCCUGGGCACCUCGACUUCCCGUGAAGAGAGUUAUGGUUGACUUUUCCUCACCUAAUAUAGCUAAAGAAAUGCAUGUUGGUCACCUGAGAUCAACCAUUAUUGGGGACACAUUAGCUCGUAUGCUUGAGUUUUGUCGGGCAGAAUCUCUUAUCCGCCGAAAUCAUCUCGGUGACUGGGGAACUCAGUUUGGGAUGUUGAUUGCUUAUCUCUUUGAGAAAUAUCCCAACCCGGAAGACGUUAGUGAAGCAGCUAUUGGAGAUCUUCAGACAUUCUACAAGGCCUCAAAGGUGAAGUUUGAUAGUGAUCCUGAAUUUAAGAAAACAGCACAUCAGUCAGUGGUCAAGCUCCAGAGCGGAGAACCCAAGUAUCGCAAGGCAUGGGAAAAAAUUUGUGAUAUUAGUAAGGCUGAAUUUGAUAAGGUCUAUCAACGCCUUGGAAUUCGAUUAGAGGCAAUGGGAGAAAGCUUCUUUAAUCCAUAUAUCCCCCCAACUUUGGAGAAACUGGAGAAUUUAGGACUGAUUGAAGAUAGUGAUGGUGCUCGUGUGAUAUUUGUUGAGGGUGUAGACAUACCACUGAUUGCUGUGAAAAGUGAUGGGGGCUACAACUAUUUUACAACUGAUCUUGCAUCACUUUGGUAUCGUCUGAAUGUUGAAAAACUCGAGUGGAAUAUAUAUGUUACGGACGUUGGGCAGUGGCAACACUUUGAUAUGCUCUAUAAGGCCUUCAGGCGUGCAGGAUGGCUUCCAAAGGAUGAAAAUGAAAUUCCCAAAUGUAUUCAUAUAGGUUUCGGUCUUGUUAUGGGGGAGGAUGGAAAACGAUUUCGGAGUCGUAGCAGUGAGACUGUUCGAUUGGUUGAUUUGCUAGAUGAAGCUAAAAGGCGCUGUAGAGUUGCCCUUCUUGAACGAGACACUGCUAAGAAUUGGACUGAGGAGGAGAUUGAGAAAACAUCGGAGGCAAUUGGUUAUGGGGCUGUUAAAUACGCUGAUUUGAAGAUCAACAGAUUAACGAAUUACACUUUCAACUUUGAUCAGAUGCUUAAUGAUAAGGGGAAUACUGCUGUUUAUUUGCUAUAUGCACAUGCUAGGAUCUGUUCCAUUAUCAGGAAAGCUGGUAAAGACAUUGAAGAAAUAAAGAGAAGUGAGAAAAUUGUGUUGGAUCAUGAAGAUGAGCGUACAUUGGGUCUUCAUUUACUCCAAUUUCCGGAGGUUUUUGAGGAAUCAUGCUGCAAUUUACUACCAAAUGUGUUGUGUGAAUACCUGUAUAAUUUGUCUGAAAUCUUCACCAAAAAGUUCUAUUCUAACUGUCAGGUUGUGGGGUCGCCGGAAGAAAGCAGUAGACUUUUGUUAUGUGAAGCUACCGCAGUUGUGAUGAGACAGUGCUUUUAUCUACUUGGAAUUGAACCUGUUUACAAGUUAUGACCUAUCUUAAGUGAUUCAAAUGGAUUUUUUUUAACACUUGGUGCACAAAUGUAGAGAACUUCCAGUAUUUACAUUAUUCUGGCAAAUUAUCUCUACCUUAUUUUCUUUAUUGUAUUAGUGGUGAAAGCUGGAAAGUGGAAAGUAGUGUAUCAUUGAUAGUGAUUUUACUGACCAGUUCCCUUGAAAUUUAUCAUUUUUGUCUGGGACAUCCAUGUUAAUAUUUUCGUUUGGAGUUGAGCAACGUUAGUACGUUACUAUUAGAUUGUUA